AUGUACCAGCUGUGUUCUCCCCGCGCCUUGAUCGGGGCUGCUUUGUUGUGUGCCGCGUUUUAUCUUGCUAUUGUAUCUCAUGGCAGAUGGCUCGGUCGCAACCGUCUACUCAGGCUACCUCCUGGUCCGAAGCCUCUUCCGAUCGUAGGCAACGUACACCAGGUUCCCGCGGAAUACCAAGAGAAAACAUUUGCUCGUUGGUCUAAGGAAUAUGGGAAUCUCAUCUACGCAACAAUGUUCACUAGGCCAAUCCUAAUCAUCAACACACAGAAGAUAGCGAGAGAACUACUUGACAAGAGGGGCAAUAGGUACUCAAGCCGGCCACGGAUGGUCAUGCUGACUGAGCUACUGGGUUGGGAUCCUGAUGUGAUAACCCUUCCAUAUAAUUCCGAGCAUCGUCGCAAGCAGCGUAGAUGGAUUCAGAAUGCCUUCGGGGAUAAGGCGGCAGUUCGGCAGUUCGAGAAGUUGCAACAGAGGGAGACAUAUAUACUGUUGUCGGCCCUGAUACACGAACCCCACGACUUCACAAAACAUACUAGCAGGUACAUAACGGCACUUAUCAUGGACAGUGUAUACGGCCACAAAGUCACGUCUUCAGAUGACCCAUACAUCCAUAUCAUUGAUCGUGCCAUGGAGUUGACAACUGCAAUGGGUCCUUCUGGCGGUACUACAGUGGACUUUUUCCCGAUUGUGAAACACUUUCCGACAUGGCUACCUGGUAUGAGCUGGAAGCGCAAAGUACUGGAUGCUAGGACUAUCAUUACGGAUGCCAAACUGAAGCCGUAUUACAUGGCUCGAAAUGCUGUUGUAGCGGGCUGUGCGAAACCAUCAAUUAUAUCGACGCUCAUUGAAGACGCAAUGAAGACGGGCAGUCUUGCAGAAGAAGAACCUGACAUCAUUAGUGCCUGUGCUGCCAUGUAUGCCGCUGGGACAGAUACAGUCAAAACAUUGCUGCUCACGUUAUUACUAGCCAUGGUUCUUCAUCCCGACGCUUACCAGAAAGCACAAGACGAGGUUGACCGCGUGAUUGGGAGAGACCGACUUCCGACGCUUGCCGACAGGGAAGCUUUGCCAUACGUAGAAUGUGUGCUGAAGGAGGUGUAUCGCUGGAAUCCACCUACCCCUUUAAGCAUUCCACAUUAUCUGACGGAAAACGACGAAUACCAGGGCUUGGACCUCCCUAGUGACACUUGGGUCAUUGCUAAUCUGUGGUCUAUGUCCCAUAGCGAAGAGGUCUACGGUGAUCCAGAUGUCUUCCGCCCAGAGAGAUUUUCCGAUCAGAGUCGGCCGUUGAAUGCAGAGAUAGCAGAUCCAGUCAACAUUGUCUUCGGACAUGGACGAAGGAUAUGCCCAGGUCGCCUUUUCGCAGACACGGCCGCAUUUCUAGCGAUCUCGAACAUCAUAGCUACGCUAGAUAUCAAGAAAGCUCGUGAUCUGCAGGGCAGAGAGAUCACGCCGGAGGCUCGCUUUGUUCCCGGGCUUGUCAGUCAUCCUCGCGAGUUUGCGUGUUCCAUAACACCACGCUCUGCGAAAGCGGUCCAGCUUGUCGCGGACGCCGUGGGUUCCUCUUCCUGA